UUUUGAACAUGCCAGCGCGUUAGCGCUGGCGCGUUAUGCAUUUAUUGAUGAAAAUGUGUGUAUUGAAUACAUUCGUCAGCGCGCGCGCGAUGACGACUGAUGAUUUAAUUGAAAAGGCAGCCGAUAUUCUUUUGACAAAUUUGAAUAGAAGAAUGCCUUUACCGAUGGAAGCAAUUGCCAGUGCGCUUUUGGACCCUUCAACACAGCAUUUAAAAAUCAUUAAUGAAUGGUUAAAUUUAGAAGGAUAUUCAAAGGUUGAAGUCAUCGAAACAGUUGCGCAAUCAAUGAAGAUAAAUAUCCAUGAGACUAUAUCGGAGGCGCCAAUUUUGGAUGACAGAGACACCACAGUCCAACCCAAAUCAUUAAGGGAGAAAUUACUUGCAAAACACAUAAAUAUGAUUCACGGAAGUAGUAAUUUAGAACAGGAACUGGAACUAUUUGCUCAGAAGAAAGAAAUACCAGCAUGUGUUUUGAGUUUUUGGCGUCAAAAUGAGUCAUCAUUUCCAAAAAUGUCUGCGGUUGCCAAAGUAAUUCUGGGAAUACCAGCAACAACAGCCAAAUCGGAAAGUGCUUUUUCAAUUGCUGGUUGCUUAAUACAAAGAAGACGGGCAUCAAUCGAACCAAUGCGUGCUGAAAAAACUUUAUUUAUACAUGAUAACUAUGACUUGUUCAAUUUUUAAGAAAAUUCAUAUUUCUUUGUUAUCUGUAGUCCACACUCAAUUACA